GUUUCAGCCUAUUGCCUUGACGACCUAUGUCAUGGUAACAGAGAUGUUUCCGGCUUCCAAUCGUUCCUUUCCCUCGGUGGGCAUUAACUGUUCCUGGGGGGUGGGGCUGGUGAUGCUGGCAGUCCUGGGGUACUUUAUACGAGACUGGAGAACCCUACAGCUCGUGAUCUCAGUACCAAAUUUUCUCACUCUCAUUUAUGCCUGGUUUUUACCAGAAUCUAUUCGAUGGCUUAUAGCUAACAAGAAGUAUACUCAGGCUAAAUCUGUGGCAAAGUUUGCAGCUAAAGUAAACAGGAAGGAGAUUCCAGCUGAACUGCUAGCUAUCCAAGAACAGGAACCAGUGGACCCAGCUGGUGUGGGUCAAAGUCAAGUGGGUCUCCUGAGGUCAAAGGACACAAAGAAAUAUACCGUCCUUGACCUCUUCAAGACUACCAAGUUGAGGACAUACACAUUAAUCAUGUUUUAUUUAUGGACAGCUGACAGUGUGUGUUAUUUUGGGAUUCUCUUUGCCACGCCCCAGCUCCAUGGUAACCAAUUCCUGAACCUAGGGAUCAGUGGGAUUGUUGAGAUCCCAGCUCUGAUUAUCUGCAUGUUUAUCAUCAACUGGGUUGGACGUAGAAGACCUGUCAUAUUCUUCCUACUGUUGUCAGGGAUCAUGAACAUUAUAACUAUAUUCAUCCCCAGUCAAACAGAUUCUGGUGUUGACCUAACCUGGUUACAGAUAACAGCCGCCAUGAUCGGAAAGUUUGGGAUUACUGGGGCUUAUUCUCUGUCCUACCUUUACUCCUCAGAAAUCUUUCCCACAGUUGUCAGAAACCAAGCCGUGGGGCUGUCGUCUUUCUUUGAGAAUUUAGGUGGAAUAGCUGCACCUCUGAUAGUCUAUGCAACCAGCAGCUCCCAGUCUUACAUUCCUUUAGUCGUGUUUGGAGUGAUCAUGGUUGUGGGGGGAAUCUUGGCAUGCUUUCUCCCCGAGACUCACAAGAAACCCCUCCCCGAGACCAUCGAGGACGUGGAACAUUUCACCAGAGGGGCAGCCACUCAGACUGAGAACACCUAUCUCUGACCAGGUCAAGGUUACAUACCUGAUCAGGUCAAGGUCACUUGGGUGACACACGGUCACAAAGUUAAACGUGGAGUUCAACCACAGUUUCUUUAUGUUCUUUACAAUUAACUUUGACAUUUAUUUCAACAAAAGAACAAACCUUCAAAUGAUUGUGUCGAUCACUAUUGUGCCAAAACAUUCACCUCAACAGAUGUUUUAGUGCUACUUGUUUUGAUCUCAUUAUGUUAGACAUAUCUUGUAGUGUUUGAGUUAUUUUUGAUAGAAUUAUAUUUCUGAUACCAGUGUUUGAUUGUUUUAUUGCAGUCAAUCUGUUUUCAUGCAUUUACAUUUAUUA